AUGAAAAUAUCAGUAGGAAGUAGUAAAGGCCUGCUCUCAAUUUUGCCCAGUUUCAGGUCCUCCUAUUUAAUUUACAUUAUUCUCUUAUGUGCCGCGUCAUUUGGUGCCAUAGUCUUGCCAUCUAUCACUUUAUCGAUCGCCGCAACACAAGUAGUACCGUACUCUCAGCAAUUGAAGAGUGACGUCAUCGGUGUUUGUUUGGCGCUCGCCACGGCACUUCUAGCGGCCACUAUGUGUUGCUUUUCCGGUUAUGCAACGUCUCGAUCGCUAACCAACGUCACACAGUGGAAAGCUUCACCAGCGCUCGCCAACCAGUCAUCUCUGUACUCUUUUGCUUUACGAGAAGUGAUUGUUGCAACAUAUGCGCUGGUCGCCUCGGUUUUCUUCUUCGUUGCGGCCGUACAACGGAAUUACGGUCUCAUCAUCGCCUCAGCCAUUAUUCAAAUAAUAUGUCUGGUUGCUCUUAGUCAACUACUCAGCCCAUCUCGUCUCAGUGCAGUACUAGUCAACUCUCGUGUUCUUGCCAUAGACAACAGCUCAUAUCCCGUUGCCCAAGUCAACGUUGUGCUCUUGUACUCCUUCAUCGUCACGCUUCUAUUUGUGAUCUCGGCACAAUUCAUCGCCACAGUAAUCUCGCUUCGAAGUCAUUCCACGACCAACACCUCCACGUCACAUAAUGUCUAUCCUCAGCAGAGAACGAGUUUUUGA